CGCUGUCACCGCCCUGCACAAAGAAACCCCCGCCAGCUCCGCCGCAGCCCCGGGCACUGGGUAGUUAGUUUUCGGACAGAGAGGCAGCGGCGCCCCAAAUCGGACUGCGCCCCGAAGGCCACCCGGGUUGGAGCAGUUGCUUCCUGCGGAGUGGGGAGGGGCCGACGGCCGACUGUGCUGGGUACGCCGCCACCGGAGGCUGCACCUGCCCCGGAGGAUGUCCAGGAGCCCGCAGGAGGUGCUCCAGGUCAGAACUUUUUAGGUUGCCCCGCGCCCAUCCCCGCAGUCUCCCCGGGCCACGCACGGGUAGGCGAGGGGCCGAGGGAGCGCCGCGGCGCGAGUCCCCCUCCCAUUCUCAUCUCCCACCCCCAGCUCGGCCGCCCGCCGCUUUGUUCCGGGCGCGCCGAGGAAAGGCAAGGCUGCGACGGAUCAUGCCCAUGGUGUAGCGGCCAAGCGGAGGCAUGGCUGCCGGAAGGUUGCUGCUCUACACGGGCCUCUCGCUAGCGCUCUGCGCCCUCGGUAUGCUGGCCGUGGCCAUCUGCUCCGACCACUGGUACGAGACGGACGCCAGGAAGCACAGGGACAGGUGCAAGGCCUUCAACACCCGCCGGGUUGACCCCGGCUUCAUUUACAACAACAACAACAACUUGCCGCUCCGGGCGAGCCGCUCGCGGCUGGACCGCUGGGAGGGCAGACUCCUCCGGGCCCGGAAUCGCCGGCAGCUCUUCGCCAUGAGCCCCGCGGACGAGUGCAGUCGGCAGUACAACUCCACCAACAUGGGCCUCUGGAGGAAGUGCCACCGGCAGGGAUUCGACCCCGACAUCGCCGCCCUUAUUCGGAAAGGUGAAAUUGAGAGAUGCACAUACAUCAAAUACCACUAUUCCUCAGCAACCAUCCCCAGGAACCUCACGUUCAACAUCACGAAGACCAUCCGGCAGGACGAGUGGCACGCUCUGCACCUGCGCAGAAUGACGGCUGGCUUCAUGGGCAUGGCGGUGGCCAUCAUCCUCUUCGGCUGGAUCAUCGGUGUGCUGGGCUGCUGCUGGGACCGAGGCCUUAUGCAGUAUGUGGCAGGGCUUCUCUUCCUCAUGGGAGGAACCUUCUGCAUCAUUUCACUGUGCACCUGUGUGGCUGGGAUCAACUUUGAGCUGUCACGCUACCCACGCUACCUGUAUGGACUCCCUGAUGACAUCAGCCAUGGCUAUGGAUGGUCCAUGUUCUGCGCCUGGGGGGGCCUGGGCCUGACCCUCAUCUCGGGAUUCUUCUGUACCUUGGCCCCUUCUGUUCAACCUGUCCCGAGGACCAACUGCCCUAAAUCCAGACCCGAAAAUGGGACAGUGUGCUAAAGAACAAACCCAUACACACACAUACACAUGCACACACACCUACACACACAUGCACACACACAUACAUAUAUAUAUAUAUAAAUAUAUAUAUAAUAUACAUAUAUAAAAUGAAACUAAAUCAAGACGAUGCCAGUGCCAAGGUAAAGUUGAGCUGGCUCAGGCACCCACAUCUCGCUGGACUUUGUGCUGGGGGAAGCAUUCCCGUGGCGUGGCUCUUCCAUCCAUUCCUGACUUUAGGCUUCAUGGUUUCCCGAAGACAGAGUAAAUACACCAACACUCACAAGAACGUCCUGCUUCCGGGUCAGUCAAGGAUGGGUGCUGAGCUGGAAGGGACAGUGGCAGCGAUCUGAAGCAGCUGAGAUGUAGAGAAGGAAGGGCCACCCGCUGGGCCUACAGGAGAGGACACCAGCCCUGCCCACCCACUCAUCCCAUGCCAGGGAAGCAA